AUAGUCUGUCAUUUUCACUUGCAAUUAACUCCAAACCCAAAAAUUAUAAAUUUUAAAAAUAAAAAUCUCACUUCCCGGAAUUGCUUCUACUUCACUCUCUCUUUCUCUCUCUUUAUAGCUCACCAAAAACCUAACCCCCAAAAUCUAAACCUCUACUGUAAUUAUGUAUAUAAAAUUAUUAUUUCCUUGGAAUUGUAAGGUUUUAAGGGUAUAGGACCCGAGGGCUUUUGCUUGUCUGUGUUAGUGGUGGUCGAGAUUGGGAUUCAUUGUGGUUAGAUAUGGAAGUGGAGCAGCCGAGACCAGUCAAUCCGGCCAUGACCUUCGAUGAGGUCUCCAUGGAGCGAAGCAAGAACUUCGUAAAGGCCUUACAGGAACUCAAGAACUUAAGGCCUCAACUUUAUUCUGCAGCAGAAUAUUGUGAGAAGUCUUAUCUCCAUAGUGAGCAGAAGCAGAUGGUACUGGACAACCUGAAAGAUUAUGCUGUUCGAGCCCUAGUCAAUGCUGUUGAUCACCUUGGCACUGUAGCUUAUAAGCUAACUGACCUUCUUGAGCAGCAAACAUUAGAUGUUUCAUCCAUGGAGCUUAAAGUUACUUGUGUAAAUCAGCAACUUCUUACGUGCCAAACAUAUACGGAUAAAGAAGGUAUUAGGCAGCAACAACUGUUGGCAAUAAUUCCUAGGCAUCACAAGCACUAUGUUUUACCAAAUUCUGUCAAUAAGAAGGUACAUUUCAGUCCCCUCAUACAGACUGAUGCUAGGCAGCAACAUUUUCAAGCAAGGUCUCGUCUUCAGCCUUCGAGCAGCCCUGCAUCAAAAACUCUUUCCUGGCACUUGGCAUCAGAAACAAAGUCUACACUGAAAGGGGCUUCACAUUCUCCAACCAGCACUGAGGACACAAAUAUUUCUGGUAAAACUUCUGGUGUUUUCAAUCUUUUAGAUAAUGGAGAAAGUAUCCCAACAAAAUCCUCAGCUGCUCACCUCCAGCUAUCAAGUGGAGUUCCUGCUUCUACUGCAAUUAUGCAAACUUUGGCACGCAGGGAUCAGAUCGAUGGAUCCAGACCUUUGACAGCAUUCAGAUCGUUUGACAACCAAAAUCGCCGUGAGAUUGUACGAGUUCCUGUUCGCAGCAAAAGUGUGCUAUCAGCUUUCUUUGUCAAAACGAAAACAACUAAGAUGAAAGCUGGGUCUGUCUCGUGAGUAUCUUCCUAAAGCAAAUUGGAAGUGCCAUCCUGCAAACCUCUCACUCUAUGUGGGUUGAGUUGCUCGUAAAGGCAAGGCCUCUCAUGCUUCUUUGACGAUGAGCGAUUUCUCUGGCACUUGAUGUUUCAACAUAUCAAAAUCAAUAUACUAUUUUUUUUCAUACGCAGGCCUCUCUUUUGGCUGCUUAAUAAUGAGAAAAUUGUGCAUAGAAGUUCCCUAAUGAAAUGUUCAGGAUUGUCUGCUUGCUGGAUGCCCAUUGAAUUAAUUUCUUUGUGCAGAAACUUAAUUAGUCUCUCUGUCUAUAUGUCAUCUCAAUUAUCGUUGUUCAGCCACAUUAACGUGUAAAAAUGUGUUUGUUAUUAUGAAGAUGUUGUAUGUUUUAAAUGUA